CAGCCGCGGAGAGCGGAGCGGUCGAGAGCGGGCGGAAUGUUGAGCCGGCUUCAGGAGCUGCGCAAGGAGGAGGAGACGUUGCUCAGAUUGAAGGCGGCACUUCACGACCAGCUAAACCGUCUCAAGGUUGAAGAAAUGGCCCUCCAAUCCAUGAUUAGUUCUGCAAGAGGGGAUGAGAUGGUGCCUUCUCUACCGCCGCCUGAACAGUCACAUGAUCAGGUGCUGGUGCAUGUAGACAAUGAAGCAUCAAUCAACCAAACUGCACUAGAGUUGAGCACAAGGACCCAUGUGCCAGAAGAGGAGGAGGAGGAGGAAGAAGAAUCAGAUUCUUGAGGGGGCAAAGAGCCAGGGUUAGUUUUGUAAAUUAAACUUCUAAGUCUCAGCAACUUUAUCUCCUUAAAGAGGUCUUCUUGCCAUAGGCCUAAUGCUUUAAAUGGAAGAAAGAACUUGAGGGGAUGUAUAGUUGUAAAAAUGAUUCAUCAGUAACUCAGAUUUCAGAAUGCUUAACACAAAUCAGUGACAUCAGAAAGCAAGCAUGCUGUGUUUUAGCACUGAAUAAUAUGGUGAUGCUGUGUCUUCUGAUCAGAUUCAGCAAUUGUGUUAAAAAUAGAAAAUACUUCUGAAAUGCUACUAAGAAAGUUAGCACUUGCCAAAGAGGGCAGAAUUUAAAUAUGUCAGCCCUUCGAAUCAACAGUGUCUCUUCUAAGAAAACCAGUUAAGAGCCGUAUACAUGCCAAUGAACCCUUGUGUGCAGGGCAAGGCCACAGUUGGAAACAAGAUGACAAGGACAGAAUCACUUGAGAACACAGUGGCACUGCUAAGUGAUAUGCUGUCCACUAUAGACUGUUUUUUGUGUGGCUGUAUCACUUUAGGUUGAGACAUUAUGGGAAAAUAUGCUUGGAAGUAAGUUAUAAAUAGCUAUCACACAGCUUGCUGGUCUUCAAACGGCAGCAGAGAAAGAUGUUUCUUUGAGGAAAACAUUAGAACAUGAUAGUUAAAACCUAUUUCUGAACUUAGAGAAGUGUACCAUUAAAAUCAUUAUGCUUGGGAAAGUUGAAUUUUGUAAUAAAAAUGAUAAUUACAGAAUGAGUUGAUAAAACUUG